AUGUCCCUCUCGCUGCUGAGCCUGGCCGCGCUGUGCUGGGGCGCCGCGUCCCCGGAACCGACUGUGCAGUGUGGCUCUGAGAACGAGCUGUCUCCAGAAUGGAAGGUCCAACACACUCUGAUUCCCGGAGACUUGCGGGACCUCCGUGUGGAGCCUGUUAAAGCCAGGGUUGCGCCGGAAGAGUAUUCACUGCGGAUGAACAUAAGCUGGAUACUCCGGGCAGAUGCCAGCAUCUGCUUCUUGAAGGCCACCAAGAUCUGCGUGACCAGCCACAGCAAUUCUCACACCUUCAGCUGCGUGCGGUGCAAUUACACAGAGGCUUUCCAGCAGCAGACCAGGCCCUUGGGCAGCAAAUGGGCAUUCUCCUACACAGGCUUCCCCGUGGAGCUGAACACAGUCUACUUCAUCGGGGCCCAUAACAUACCCCCUGCAAAUAUGGAUGAAGAUGGCCCUUCCUUGUCUGUGAACUUUACCUCACCAGGCUGCCUGGAUCACAUCAUGAAAUACAAAAAAAAGUGUAUCGAGGCAGGGAGCCUGUGGGAUCCGAACAUCACAGCUUGUAAGAGGGAUGAGAAGACGGUGGAAGUGAAUUUUACAACCAGCUCCCUUGGAGACAGAUAUAUGGCUCUUAUCCAAAGCAGUGGCCUUCUUGGACUGUCUACUGUACGGGAGAGCAAGCCAACCAGGACGUCAGUGGUGGUCCCGGUCAGUGGGGAGAGUGAAGGCGCUGUGGUGCAGUUGACUCCGUAUUUCCACACAUGUCGUCAUGACUGCAUCAGACGCAGAGGAAUGGUCGGGCGGUGCCUCCCCGCAAGUCUUCACCCCUCUCUGGAUAGUAACAGAAGGGUGCUGGGAAGCUGGCUGCCUCUCCUCCUGGCCCUGCUGGCAGCCGCCUGGAUGCUGGCGGUUGGGAUCUGGCUACUGAAGCAGCACGAGAGGACCAAGAAAGCCUCCUUUCCUGCAAACACACUACUGCCCCGUGCUAAGGUUCUUCUGGUCUACCCAUCGGAAAUAUGUUUCCAGCACACCGUUCGCUUCUUCACUGAGUUCCUUCAACACCACUGCAGGAGUGAGGUCAUCCUAGGAAAGUGGCAGAAAAAGAAAAUAGCAGAGAUGGGCCCGGUGCAGUGGCUUACCACGCAAAAGCGAGCAGCCGACAAAGUCAUCUUCCUCCUUUCCAAUGGGGCCAGCCCCACAUGUAAUGGGGCCUGUGGGGAGAGCGAGGACAGCCCCUGGAAGGACUCCCAAGACCUGUUCCCCCUCGCCUUCACCCUCUUCUGCAGUGAUCUCACAAACCAGACGCGUCUGCACAAGUACGUGGUGGUCUAUUUCAGGGAGGCCGAUACGGAAGAGGACUACAGCGCUCUCAACGUCUGCGCCAAAUACCACCUCAUGAAGGACGCCUCCGCUCUCUGCAGAGAACUGCGCCACAUCAAGCCACCCGGGGAAGCAGUCACAAGCCUGCUGUAACUGCUGACCUUGCUGGUCGCCCACCAGCAGAAGCCGACGGCGCUGGAGCCUGGCCAUGCAACCACGUUCCCCCAUCUAUUCCAGGGCUGCUGCUGGGUUAUCCCAGAGAGAUUCAGGCUAGAUUGGAUACUGGCUUUGCCUUUGAUCUACCCCCAUCAGUGAACAGCGCAUGUUUCCUCAGCGGGAGCUAGGCCAGGGGAACAGUACACAGCGCUCUUCAAUGGAGAGAGCGGGACUCAGGGAGGGGAGUGACCUGCACAAAAUCACACCACAAGUAGGACUAAAGUCAGAGCCCUAAACUCCCCACCUGAGCCCGGGACUCAGGCUGCUGUCGGCUCUGCCGUCCUGUCCUCCCCCCAGGCCUGCCCCACAUUUGACUGAGUCUUCAGUCGCCCUGGAGGAGGACCAGCUAAGCCCAGGCUGUCCUGCUGCCCUCCCUCUCCCUCCCUCGGCCUCCUCGCCAGUCCUCCUGCUCCCUGCGCGUGACUCUGCUUGCGCCCCCACAGAUGGUCAGCUGUGGAGUCCCAUCUUUGAAGUGUGGCUAUGACCUGCACCAGUGCUGUGGGGUUGGUUUGUUCUUCUCUUUGACGUAUUUCUAAAAGCAAUACAUGAUUUGGGGUUCA